UAUAUAUAAUAAUAUAGCCACUGAGGGGUAGUAGGUGGAACAAAGAAAGCGAGACAGUAAGUAAAUGAAGGUAGAAAUUCCGGAAAUAGAACUGCUGGUUCUGGCUCAGUGCCCUGCUAUUUACUAUAGUACAAUGAGAAUAACCGCGGAGCCGCUGGAAUAAAUAUAUUAAUCGUGCUGUUUGCCGAUGGGCGAACUGCUCUCGCGGCAGGAAAGCGGUACCUUCGACGAGCGUCAACAGAUGACGUCAGCGCGGUGAGGCGUUGCCUGGUUUGCGGCGGUGCUCAGCGCGGCGGCGUUGCCUAGCAACCGGUCGCUUGGCGCUGCAAACCUAUCCUGCUGCUUGUUGAUUGACCACGUUCACGGGAGGGGCGCCGCUCAUUUUAACGGACUGAAACGGUAAUGAAAAAAUAUUUGAUGAUACGCAAUAAUCCGACAUAAAAUCUGAAAACUGGCCCAAAUUCUGUGGGUGAAUUGCAGAUCCAGACAGACAACAGGUCAUUAUGAAUCCUUGGGCACAGCUGAUCCAGGCCGUUUGCGGGGGCCUCGACCUGUUCUAGUCACUCUGCUCUGUUGUCUAACCGUGUUUUUUUUUUUCUGCCUCUCAAGACCCAUCAGUGAGGUUCAUCUGAAAUGGCUGUUGUUUGUAAACAAAUCAUGAGCUUCCCAUCACUGACACGAUAACUUGACACUCUUUUGAAGAGUGGAUUGCAGGCUGAUUUUCUGGCGACCACUGGAUCCAAGACAACCCCACCAGCUGCCGCAUCUGCACCAGAGUAUUACUGCCCUAAAGUGCGCAAAGACCUUCUAGUUCAAACUGUAACCAACUGUGCCCACUAAACUAUCCCCCACUGACGCAAUUGCACCUGCUUUACGUCCUGUGACGGUAUUGGUUCGCUUUGAUGCCGCUCUUUGGAUCGUUUUGUCUGAUUGGCUGCAGCCAGGCCUUAAUGGCCCGCCUCUUGAGCCAAACGAGCUCCUGACCCCGCCCCUGUGUGCUGGAGCGGAAAAAGCUCUCCUGUUAUCUCGUUCCAGUUCCGCCGGUAUCCCCUCUGCGACGCAACCGAGCUAGCCCUGGCUCCGCCCCUCUGUGCCGUAUCUCGUCACGCGAUUGGCUGGGGGCACGUCACGAUUGCCAGCCCCUUUGGACGAGCGCACGCUUGGUCCCGCCCCUCCGUGCCGGAGCGGAAAAAACUAGCGCUUGCCCAGAGCGCGCGGCCUGAGCGGGGGUGCGGGCGCGAGCGUUCGGGGACGCGCAGAAGUUCGUUUCGAGGGUAAAAUAAAGGCGCGGACGAUCGAAGACCUGCGGAGAUGGAGGUUCCGUGUGCGGGAGCCGAAAGAGCGGAGCCCGGCGACAGCGAGCAGGACGACGAGGGCGAUGUGUACGAGGUGGAGAAGAUUAUUGACAUGCGAGUGCAGAAGGGGGAGGUGCAGUACCGUGUGCGCUGGAAGAACUACACGUCUGAUGAGGACACGUGGGAGCCGGAGGCCCACCUGGAGGACUGCCGAGAGGUGCUGCUCGCCUUCCGGCACAGGGUGGCCGAGAGCAAGAAGGACACGGUGCCGGUGGAGCAAGGGCAGGCGGUAGGCUCUAGUGCAGGGCAGACGGGUCACCCGCAGGCAGCCGCGCCCCAGGGCAUUGUGGGAACCCCCCAGGAGCAGGAGAAGGAGGAGGAGGUGUCAGGCGAUCCCAGUGGGUCACAGAGAGACCCACCCUCAGAGCUGCCGAUGAAGAGCGACCUGUUCGACGCCGACUCGGAGAGCGAGGGUGACAAGAACAAGCAGGAGGAGGCGUCGCUGAAGAAGAAGAAGAAAAAGAAGAAGUCGAAGGCGGAGGCGGAGGAGUCUCCGGACACCUUGAGGAGAGACAAGAAGAAGAAGAGGCGAAGGAAGGAGAAGGACAAGUGGAAGCCGCUGCCGGGACCCGAGUCCGACGGGAACGAGUCGGAGGGGGCGGAGACGGAGCCGGCGCCCAAAAAGACGAUCCAGACCAAGAAGCGGCCCGUUGCGCUGGAGGACGAGGACGACGAGGACGUCCCCGUGGCCCCCAAGCGUGUCGUGAAGGAGAAGCCGAGGGAUGGAGGGAAGCUCAGAAAGGAGAGCAGAGCGGAGGGCAAGAAGAGGACACCCAAGAGGAAGGAACAGCGGUGCUCGCUCACCUCCACCGAGGAGGAAGAGGGAGCGGCACUGGCUGCCGCCGCCGAGGACGAUCGACAGAGCGAGGCCCCUUCGGAGUCGGCCAGCUUGCAGACGGAUGACACGACGGCCACGGAGAGCCUGGAGCCCCCGGAGGGCCCCUCCAAGGAGGCCGAGGCCAAAGCCAAGCAGAGGAGGAGCAAGGCGGAGGGUUUGAAGCUGCAGGGCAUCAAGAACUUGAUCCGUGAGAAGAAGAGCAAGAAACUGCAGCAGCACCAAGCGUCGCCGUGCGAGGCCACGCCCCCUCUGCGGGAGACCGCCCAGCAGAAGCUCAAGAGCCUGAUGAGCGCGCGCAGUCUGAGCAGGACGGGCCUGGGCAGCGUCGAGGACGAGCACGUCCUCCUCUCGUCCGACUCGGGCGACGCCGCCUCCGUCCAGCGCAAAAUCAAGGGCAAAGGGCAGGAGGGCGGGGCCCAGAGGGCCGCUCCCCCGAGCGGCAGCGGCACGCGCCCGAAGGACAGCGACGAGUCCAAGCAGGACGGAGCGGGCCCGGCCGCGGGUGCGAAGAAGCAGAAGGACACGCCGGAGAAGGACUCCCCCUCCACGAAUCUGUUUGAGAAGUUCCUGCUGAACUGUGAGGCCAAAGACCGAGUUCCUCGAAGGCAGACGCUGCACGUGGCCGAGAACCGCGGAGAGCACAACCGUGUUCCCAGCGCAAAGACGGCGGGGAAGCCUGAGAAGAAGGUGAAAGUGAAGGAGUGUCCGGCGAGCAGGCUGGACCACCGGGAUGCCAAGAGCCCCGAGGCCCCGCAGCCCACCCACUGUGUGACGGAGGGCGAGGAGAGGCGGGCGAGGGGCGAGCGCUCGCCCGAGGGCAGGGAGAAGCCUGACGCUCGGAGUCGGCUGCCGGAAAAGGAGGAGAGGGCGGACGAGGCCCCGGCCAGGAUGAGAACCCCGUCGGGCGACCCCCGGGAGUGCAGGGCGAGGGCGGAGGAGGCGCGCGCCGAGCAGCGGGACAAAAGAGCUGCGGGGGCCGCAGCCACGGUGACGUCCCCGGAUGCAUCGGAGGAUGUGGGCGGAGCGGCGGCGGGGAGGUGGAAGGAAAAGAAGAGGAAAAGGGAGGACAGCGAGCCACGCCUCUACAUCGCUUGCGACGACGGGCGAGAACCGCGGGAGCCGCCCACGCAUGCCGACAAAGGCCCAGACAGGGGACAGGCAUCUCUAAACCUGGGCGUGGACCUCAAGCUGGACUGGAUGACACUGGAGGACUUUCAGAAACACCUGAACGGGGAAGACGAGGACUUAUCUGGCGCAACAACGAUAUCACCUACUGAGCUUCGUGACGCUGUGAAGAGCGGCGACUACCUGGCUGUGAAGCUGGCCCUUAAUUCCAAAGAGGACUACAAUCUGGAUCAGGAGGACUCGAGCGGGAUGUCCCUGGCGAUGCUGGCGGCGGCCGGGGGGCAGGACGACAUCCUGCGGCUGCUCAUCAAGAAGGGCGUGCGGGUGAACGCGCGGCAAAAGAACGGCAGCACCGCGCUCAUGCACGCUGCGGAGAAGAACUUCCUCACGACGGUGGCCAUUCUGCUGGAGGCCGGGGCUUUGGUCAACGCCCAGACGCUGAGCGGCGAAACGGCCCUCAUGAAGGCGUGUAAGAGGGGGAACGUGGACAUCGUGCGCCUGCUGCUCGAGUACGGUGCUGACUGCAACAUCCUGUCCAAGCAUCAGACCAACGCCCUGCACUUUGCCAAGCUCAACAACAACAUCUCCGUGUAUGAGCUCAUCAAGGAGCACAUGGACACGCUGUCGAGCGUUGCCGAGGAAACCAUCCGGGCGUACUUCGAGACGCGGCUGGCCGUGCUGGAACCUGUCUUUCCUCUGGCCUGUCACCGGCUCUGCGAAGGUCCCGACUUCUCCCGGGAGUUUAACUACAAGGCGCCAUUACACAGUCCUGCGGAGGGGUCAGGCAUCCUCCUCUUCAUCUUCCAUGCCAACUUCCAGAGUGUGAUCUCAGCAAGGCUCUGUGGGCCCUGCAGUGUCCAUGCCGUCGUGCUCAAUGACAAGUUCCAGCUGCCCAUCUUCCUGGACAGCCACUUCAUCUAUUCGUUCAGCCCAGUCCCGGGUCCCAAUAAGCUCUUCAUCCGCCUGGCCGAGGCCCCCACUGCCAAGGUGAAGCUGCUGAUUUGCGCAUACCGAGUACAGCUGCAGUGAUGUGUGUGCGCAGACAGAGUCCAGCUGCACUCAA